GUCCAUUAUUCUAUUCAACCCUAUGUAAUUCUGCACAUUAAACACGGCACAAAGUCUGUCCAACCCUGUCUAGUUUUGGACAUCAAACACGGCACAAAAUCUUCCACCGGUCGCUUUCUACUUGAGAUUUUAAACCAAACCCUUCAGUCUAAUCUUGAAUUAAAUACAGUUGUAACCUUCUGGUGUCGAAUAUUUUACUUAAGGUCUGUUAAAAUAUUCCUGCAAUCCUCAAAUCCAAACGCGUUUAAGGUCUAAAUCUAUAUUAAUUGACCUAAAACAAAAAGAAAUCUAUUGUUCCCAUCAACAAACAACAAUUUCUUGGCACUUUAACCUGAACAAGACAAUGGAUUCUUGUUAAGGUUUAGCCUGGUCUAUUCUGUUCUUCAUUCUCUCAGUGUACCAACCCACAUUAAUAUUGAAUCCAGAAUCAUACUCUGCUUCUAUUUGAAAUCUUCAAAGGUUUUUCUUACAACCUUAAAAGCCUUUCCACCAGCUUAUGAAUUGUCAGAAACAUCAAGAAUAUGGGAAAGAGCACCGAGAAACAUGUAAAGAUUUCAUCAGGAAUGAAGAUGAAUCAAGGGACUAUGGAGGCCGAUAUGAGAAAAUCGUCACCAAGUCCAGUACCAAAAUCUCCUACACAAAAUGGCAGACCAAGAAGCGUGAUUAUUAAGAAGGCUAAAACGGUGAUUCCUGCUCACAUAGUAGCAGAAGCUAUAUCAACACUCAAUGGUCUUGAUCUUAGAUGGUCAGGACCCAUAACCCCAACAGAAAGGCAAUAUGUGGAACAAUACGUUUUAGCAAAAUACCCAGAGUACUCGAACGCACUUGUAGAAGGAGGAGAAAAGACGGAUCUAUACGAUCUUUGCAUCAAAGAAAAUCCGUCGGCGCCCCAACUGGAUGACAAGCGAAAAUCACUACGUGGUGUUCCAAGAGACUCAUUUGGGCCAUCCUCUGGAAUUAGUCACCCAGAUCCCAAGAGAACACAGUUGGAGCCGUCUCGACUGCUUAACAUCCUCACAAAGAAAUCCUCCUUCCAUGGGAGCUUCGUGUCGAUCCCUGAAAUUCAAGCUCGAAACAAUGUUCUAAACCACUUUGGACUAUCAGACGAGGAGUAUCUUGUUCUUUUCACUCAAAACAGGAAGGAUGCAAUGAUGUUAGUUGGAGAGAGCUACCCGUUCUUCAAGGGGAACUUCUAUUUGACUGUAAUCGGGGAAGAUGCUGAUUAUGUAAGGGAAUUUGCAGGCUACAAAGAAUCAAGAGUGAUUCCUGCACCAGAAUCUUGGUUGGAUUUGAGGAUUAAAGGAUCACAACUCAGCCAAUACUUCAGAAGGAAGUGCAAACACGCUCCUAAAGGACUAUUUUCUUACCCGGCAGAAGUGAAUGGGACUCGAUACUCUAUGCAUUGGAUUUCAGAAGCCCAUCGUAAUUCUUGGCAUAUUCUACUUGAUGCAACUGCCUUGGUGGUGGGGGAAGAUCGGCUAAAUCUCAUGCUCCACAGGCCAGAUUUUGUGCUGUGCAGUCUUGAUAAUUCACACGCUAAUUCUUUAACAAUCACCUGCCUUCUCGUUAGAAGAAAAUCAUUCGACAUGUCAACGGCCUCAAUUCAAGAACAUGAGUAAGCAUGUUCGUACUCCUGUAAAAGCAUCAAAGACAGGUGUCAUAACUAAGAAAUAUUAAGUGAUCGUAUUCAUAAAGAUAAAAAGAUCUUCUGACUUGGUUAAGUAACAGUCUUAUUUCGUGCAGCCACUAUCUAGAUUGACCAAUUACUGAUCAAUCUGUAAGAUCCCUUGAAAUUAGGAGAAAUUUCCGACUUACGAGCGGAAUCACUGAUAUGAAUCUUUGUUCAUGGUUUCAAGUUUCUAAAUUGAUCUAAUACAUACAAGUUCUUUUG